UAUUGUUUAAUUCCUUAAAUUAAAAACUAGAAUUUGCCGAUCUAGAUCGUAUUGACAAUUAUAAUGGCAUGGUCGAUACACAAGCCUUUCUUUUAUUUCCACGGUCGUUAUUAUUUACUUGGCCAUUUUCAACUUUUCAACCCAUUCGGAACGAUCAAUUUUUCAAUGUUAUGCAAACAUUCAGCAUUCCUGGGUUUCAUUUUUGAUCAGAAAUAUAUUAACAUACACGGAUAAAAGCGUCAUUCGUAGAAGAUUAUUGAUUGGCCGACAGAGGGAAAUUCUCGGAGGAAAAAAAAAGCAGCGAAAAAAUGUAACGUUUUUAAUUUGACAUGUGUAUUGAUGUUUGAAGAGGGAAAGCUGAUAAAAAUUCCAAGAUGUAGUCAACGACAACAAAGUAGGUAAAAAAAAAUGACUUCCAAAGAAUCAACAAUCUGAACCGAAGAUAAAUAAGUACCAGAAUGUGAUAGAGGUUUUGAUUUCUUAUCAGUUAUUCUGUCAAACAACAAAAAUGGCGAUAAAAGGUUUGCCGAUGAUAGUUUGCUUUGCACUGAUUUUCACGCUUAAAAGUGCCCAUGUUGAAGCUUUCUCAAUUUUUCCGAUAGACAACGGUGAUGUUCGAAUCGGGCGAAAACUCUUGAACACUACUACCCCAGCGCCCGUCGCUGCCGUGGCUGAAGAUAAGAGCUUUUUCGAACAAGUAGAAGAAUUCUACGAGGAUAAAAACAACUUUGCGAUGUACCUCGUGUUGCCCUGCAUCGUUUUGGUUUAUGGCGGAUGUAGUGCCAUUUACUGCUGCUAUAAAUGUCGACAACAGCUAUGUUCAAAGAAAAAAGGGAAGGGAAAGGAUGAAGACAACGAUGAUGACAAAAACAGGGCCAUGGCAAACCAAACCAAUGACAAAAUGUCUCUAAUAGGGGGUUCUCCCGAAAACCCAGGCAAGAAAGCAGCCGCAAAUCAGAUUCGACCCGCAUCUAAAGCAAGUGUAUCAGAUGUUAAUGUUGGUAUGGGCAACGAAACUCCUUUACCCUGGGCGAUUCCAGAAAAAGAAGACAAACAGCCGAGCCCCGCGAUAGUGAAACUGCCGCCUGCAUAUUCAGAUUUCCAAACAAACCAACAAGCAAAUAACAUACAGAAUAUGCAAAAUUUCAAUCCACAGUUACAACAGGCACAAAUGCAAGGUAUGCAACAACCAAUGCCUUAUAACCCCAAUGCAUUCCAGAUGCAGAUGAUGCAGCAUCCAAACGCUAUGUAUCAACCAACCAUAAUACCGAUACCAAUGCCAAUGGAUUAUCAGGAUUCUAAGCGAAACAACCGAAGGGACCGCCGUCUGUCAAGAGAAGACUCAUACGAUGAUAUGGAUGAUUAUCAUCCACCACCACGCAACCAACGAAAACAGUCCAAUAACCGCAGAAAUUCAAACUCUUCGCGUUCUGGGAAACAAUCCAAACACGACGAUUUUGAUGAUUCUGAUGACGACUACAAUCCAAGGCAGGGGCGUAGCGGAAAUAGUCGAAGAGAUUCCCCACGAAACAGCAGGACGCCAGAUAGAGGCAAACAUGGCAGAGAGAGAAGGCGUUCUGACGACCGGAACGGACACCAUCGCGACUACUCCCCAUCUAGAGAAGAUACUAUGAGUGCACGUUCUGAUAAUCGUAGGUCAUCGCCUAAACGGAGGUCGGGUGAUCGAAAAAGUCGCCGUCCUGAGGAUCGUAGAACCAAAGACCGAGGAUACUCACCAACGGAUCCCAGGGACAGACCAUCAAGAGAGGACACAAUGAGCGCCCGGUCUACUAGACGUACACGGUCACCUGAUGAAAGAAAAGGACGGCGCUCUGACGACCGCGAUCCCGAUGAACACCGGUAUUCUCCGACAAACCCAAGAAACAGACCAUCUAGAGAAGACACUAUGAGCGCAAGAUCUGAUAAACGAAGGUCUGAUGGGAAAGAUGAUCCAAAGCCGCCACGCAAAAUAAAUGAGGUCAAACCAACACCACAGAAACCGAAGAUUGAUGAUAAGCCAUCUGACACAAAUCCAGAUAAAAGAGACAACAACCCACCCAAGAAACCACCACCAAGACCAGCACAGCCAGCUAAGAAACCUCAGAACAAGAACCAGCAGGACGAUCGGAUAAUGAGUCCACCGCCUCCUUAUGAGGGGCAUGAGCGGCGAAACUCCCUGGACGCCGUGUUUGAGGCGGCUGGAAACCCAGGUAAUAUGAAAGGUCCCGCAAGACCGAGUUAUAAUCCAAACCCAACAAUUCGAGUAAUAUCUCAAACGAAAGGCGGGGGUCCAGUGUCUGGAAUGGAGAUGGCAAAACAAGCUGCUGAGAUGCUGAGAGUGGAUAAUCCCAACAUCGGAAGGAAAAAGCCUAAACGGCUAGUGUUUGUAGCCGAGUGAACCAUUAAAUGUAGAAUAGGAAUCACAGUUUUCAUCAAAUUGAAUAUUUAGCUACUUUCAUAAUACUAUAUUCACCGCAUCCUCUCUGCUUGGUCAA